AUUGCUCUAGUGACUAUCUUGUGAUACAAGAACGUCGGUGCUGAGUUCCAGGUUUUGAGUAGGCCAAGCAGCUUAGAAGAAGUGUAAAGAACGAGAGUUGUUAUAGCUAGCGUAUUGGAAAAUUUGUAGGUCUUGGCACCUGGUGUGUGUGAUGGAAGCGAAUCAUUUCGUUCAUUGAAUCCUCGAUAGGUUACUAGAGUUUCGUCCUCCCUUGCGGUGGACACUGAACACUGUAUAUUCUUGGCAGUCUUUCAAAUCUUGUGCAGCACAACUACACAGAAUAUAGCCUUACUACUCCGUGCUUGCAAUGAUUAUCCUCACUGCAAGUUUCGAAGGUUUGCAGAAGUUGUUGAUGUCAGUCAAGUAUUUGCGCUGCGGUCUUAAGACUUGAAGUAGCUCUUUGUGACCUUCAGCUAAGCAGCACUCUGGAGCAGUAUUUUGUGUGUGUCAAACUGAGUUUGAAGGACCAGUUUCCAACAUGCGCAACAGCUUUUUUCGCAUCCUGUCACACUUUGUUAUUCAGUUAGGCAUCUGAAUUAGCAUCCGCUACCCACAAUUCCAUCAGCAGAAAUCUCAGGUCAGGAGCUCACAGGGGUAGAGCUGUAAGAUAAAGCUGACGGAGUUUUAUGUGCCACAUAGGAUUGGUUAGAUUCAGAACUUCCUUGUGGCUGAGUUUUCUCGGAGGCUGCGAUGGUGAAAUUUGCACAGCAGCUGCAAGCUGAACUAGUGCCAGAAUGGCAAGAAGCGUAUUGCAGCUAUGGCGAAUUGAAGGCGGACUUGAAACGCAUCCAGAAGCACCGGGCGAUGGGGCCGACCUACACUCGCACGGGGUCGUUAGGGCUCCUGAAAUCGUUGGCGUCUAUGAAGCCCAGCAUCAGCGGGAUAGGUCGCACCUUGAGUCGCAGGCGGGUUGCGGACCAUAUCUCGUUCUCACCCAAAGGGACUACCGAAGACUCUAUAGUGAUAAACAAAAGACAGACCCAGGAUGGAGACAUUUACAUCACGGAGCUUAGGGAACCGCUCUCACACUCCCCGCAAGACGUGACCUUCUUUACUCGGCUUGACGAUCAGCUUAACAAAGUUAACAAAUUCUACAAGAAAAAAGAAGCGGAGUACAUCGAUCGCGCUGGAGCCCUGGAGAAGCAAAUGCUUGCAUUGAUCAAUGUGCAAGAACUAUUCGCUCGCCAGGGUCUUUCGCUACCAUCCUAUCUACCCAAAAAGGAGGAUCCAGUUCCAGAAGUGAAGAAAGCAUCCGAUAAGGAACCUCUCAUGUCAGAGAACAGUUUAAAGUCCAAUGAGUAUCCUCUGCAAACAUUCCCUAUGAAGCCCUCAACCUUUGACGAGAAGGGGAGCAGCAUACCAGAAGAGGAGGCUGAAGGUGACAACGCCAUUCAGGAUUACAUUGAACAAGUGGCGACAAAGAAUUUGAAACAGAGAAGGGCAGCCUUUUCUGAUGUUAAUAUGGAGUUGCAGAAACCUGUUCUGCAUGGCCAGGAUACAGGAUUUGUAGUACCUGGGCAGCUCUCUCCCGCGACCGUGCGGCAUUCCCCAGUCACGCCGAUGGGCUCUUCCCUUCCACCCACGCCAAAGUCGGCCUUGAAGAAAGUAUCCCAGAUCCCUGAGCAAAAAGAGCCUGAGACUGAGCCCGUCAUUUUGGACAAUGACUUAGAAAAUCAGAGGGUGCAAUCAUUUAAGUCCCAGAAAGAGCUCGACCAGGCUAAAAAUACAUUGCGGCUUGCGUUUGUGGAGUUUUAUAGAGGGCUCGGCUUGCUCUCUAACUACAGAUCUUUAAACAUCAAAGCCUUUGUCAAGAUUUUGAAAAAGUACGACAAGACUACAGGGUUGCACUUUGCGCCAAUCUACAUGAAAGAAGUAGAAAGUUCUUACUUGGUCAUUUCUUCAAAGGUACAAAAAUUGAUAAACAAAGUGGAGGAUAUCUUCACCAAUCAUUUUUCUGACGGUGUGAGGAAGAAGGCUAUGUCCCAACUGCGACCAAUGCGAAAACAGGGGACCCACCGGACCACCUUUUUUAUCGGGCUCUUUACGGGAUGUUCGAUUGCACUCUGCAUUUCUUUCUUCUUCCUAGUGGAUAACAAACGUGCGCUGAAUCCGGGUGGAAGCACUACUGCUAAGUACUUGGAAACUGUGUUCCCAGUGUUCAGCACGCUAAUGUUAAUUACCUUCCACAUAUACAUGUACGCCAUUGAUGUCUUCGCAUGGGCUAAGACUCGAGUGAACUAUCCCUUUAUAUUCGGAUUCUCGCCAGGCACGGAACUUCGAUAUCGCGAGGUCUUGCUCUUGGCUACAGGGUUCACGACUUUUUUGCUGGGAGGAAUGAAUUUGCACAUUGCAGUGACGUUGUUAAACUCUAAGGCGACUCCGGCGAAUCCUGGUGCUUCCGUAGAUAAAACUGAAUCGGUGGCAGAUAUUAUCCCAUUGAUCCUUGUCUUGUCAACACUGGUGACUUUAUUCCUCCCAUUCAACAUCAUGUACAGAUCUGCAAGGGUUUUUUUUCUGGGGUGCUUUCGUCGCCUCGUUUCCGCACCUUUCGUCACGGUCUUACUCUCGGAUUUCUUCCUUGGUGACCAGUUGACAAGUCAAGUGCUAGUAUUCCGCAAUUUCCAAUUCAUAUCUUGCUACUACCCUACCGGGUAUUUUUUGACUGGAUCCGACAACAAGUGUGACCUAAAUCCAAUCUACAGAGGGUUCGGAUACAUAGUGGCAUCACUUCCAUUUUGGUGGCGUUUUCUGCAGUGUUUGAAAAGAUGGAAUGUCGACAGGGACUCGCAUCAAUUACAGAAUGCUGGAAAAUAUAUGUCUGCUAUUGUGGCCUUGCUACUGAGGCAAGCAUUCGGGAACCACCCACAGAUAACUGCCUUGUGGGUUCUGUCCCUUAUAGCUUCCGUUGUUGCCACCAUCUAUGCAAGCUACUGGGACUUUUAUGUGGAUUGGGGCCUGCUCAACAAAAAAUCAAAGAACAAAUGGCUGCGAGAUAAACUGAUCUUGAAGAACAAAUCUACAUACUUCGUCGCCAUUGGAGCGAACUGUUUUUUGAGGCUAUCGUGGAUGCUUUCAAUUCUACAAGUCGACAUGAAGUUCGGAUGGAACUCGAAUGCGUUUAAUGUGAGCACGGCUACCUUGGAGAUUCUCCGCAGGGGGAUAUGGAACUUUUUUCGAAUUGAAAACGAGCAUCUUAACAACGUAGGCAAAUACCGCGCUGUCAAAGCGGUGCCAUUGCCAUUCAGCGAUGACUAAUCCUUCUGGAGAGUGUCCUCUUCACCGAAGACUCUAUCAGAUGGACCUCGCGGUGGCCUAGGUGAUGCGUUUUUUAUUUGCAGGAGAUGCAUAAACAGCAGCUGUCCUCCACAUCCUUCAAUGUGCAAACCAUGGCACACACUGGAAUUUUGUGCUGAGCACUGACACGGAGAUUGAUGCGGCUGCUCUUCUACGAAACAACAAGGUAACAAGCAAAGGAGAAAGCAUGAUUUUGAUUGUGAGAGCUUUUCUUCACAGCAUAUCUAUGGGAAAUAGCUUCUAUAGCAUUUCUUAGUAUACCCAUGGUGUCCAUAUGAGAACUAUCCUUUUUACCGUUCCAUAUGUUAGUUAUUCAACCCACAUCAUUUUGGUGAUGUGUGCCCAACUUUUUUGCUUCAAUAUAUUCAUGACACGAAAUGUAAAUUGGAAUUAGUGGACUAUUAUUCCUUUCAAGAAGAUUCUUGAAAAUUUUGCAA